GCCACAGGGGAACUACGGAGAGCGUAGAUAGAUAGAUGGAUGGAUGAAUGGAUGUUGCUGUAUCUAUAACAAUCCAAACACACAGGAUUACUAGAUAACUGAGAUAGUAGGCCCGCUUAGGCAAUGGAGACCAAUGGAAACCAUAUGGCCGCUGAACUGAAGAGGUCCCCCAGCCCUGGUUCUACAACCCCCAAAGGAAAAGAAGCUAAGAUUAAUCAAAAGGCUAAAUUUACAUUGACUCCUUUCCAUAGGUCCCCUAUAAUCAGUAACAAUAGUGAUUUGCAGAGAAAAGUUGCACAAGUAUCUGCUGGGAAAGAGCUGCCACCUCGUUGUAGUUUGAUAUCAGCCUUUGCUGUAGGACUGGCUACUAAAGACAUUGAACAGCCUCCUCAAGGCAAUGUUACUGCUGCUGCGACAGCUACAAACUCCAGGCAACUGGUUCCAUCUUCAGGUUCAGCAGAGGCUAUGCAAGAGGGAGAAGCACAACAUUCAGAUUCUUUCAGCAAGACCUCUGGUAGAAAGACACCAAAGCCAACACCAAAGGACAACAUACCUCAAGCACCAUUCACUGCAGAGCCUCAUCUGAACCAACAGGGGAUGGGGAUUGAGGUGUCUGCCUCUACGCAAGCUAAGAUAGUUAUAAAGAAGAACAAAAAGAAGAAGAGGAAAAUGGGAAUAUAUAGCCUUGUCCCAAAAAAGAAGAUUAAGACUGUUAAACAUCAGGAGAAGAUAGAAAAGCCAAAGGAAGACAUGGGAAAGAAUGACUCUGUGACAGCUGAAAAGAGAGUACCUGAGCAGGACACUGGAAAAGAUGAAGUACAGACAGCAUCAGUAAAGAGGGAAAUAUCUUUAGAAGACACUCAUGUUGAUUACACAGAGUUGGCUUUGGACUGUCUUGACUUGAAAGCUCAGGAAGAGCUUUUCUCAGUAUCUCUUUCAGGAGAGGCUGAGGAGAAGGAAUAUGCAGAAGAAUUACCACUGUGUUGCUGUCGCAUGGAGACUCCAAACAGUGAUGGCUGCUCUUCUAUAAAGAAUCAGACCUGCAUGGCCAUGGAUAGCUUGGAUGAAAAGCUGAUUCAAUGCCAAAGGCCGGUGAUGAAGCCAGAAUUAAUGCGACCCUCGAACACCGUUCGCCUAUUGGUUUUGUGUGAAGACCACAGAGCAGGCAUGGUCAAGCAUCAGUGUUGCCCAGGCUGUGGGCUAUUCUGCAGGGUGGGUUCCUUCAUGGAGUGUAAGCCAUAUGGCAGUAUUUCCCACCGCUUUCAUCGUGACUGUGCCUCCAUACUGAAUGACUGCAGAUUUUGCCCCCACUGCGGAGGGGAUGCCAGUGGAGCAAUGGAGGUCAUGUUUCCAAAGCCUGAUCCGUCAACCUUAGUACCCAAAUCAAACCAUGAAGCUUUACCUCCUGUUGUAACCACUCUGCCUUUAGCCACUUCUACACCUGUAGUUCCUCAUAUACUGAAGGCGAGGAAGAGCAGCCAACCACAAAAAAGUAGGGAUGCUAGCCAGACAAGAUUAAAAAGAGAUGCUGUGCAUCCUAAAGUGUCACUGGAGACCGUCCUCUUGUCACUUGAUGAUGAGAACACAAAACUGAAGAAAAUGAAGGGCCCCAACAGGCAGCUGUAUGUUUCUGCAAAGCAAGGAGAUUUGCAGAUGGUCAUUCAGCUUCUUGUUGAUGGAAAGGACCCCAACCUUUUAAUGGAGGGACACAAAAAACGCACCGCACUUCAUGCAGCUGCUGCUGAAGGUCAUCAGGAGGUCUGCCACAUGCUGGUCCAGGCUGGGGCCAACCUGGAGGUGUUUGAUGAGGAGCAAAGAACGCCACUGAUAGUGGCAUGUGAAAACAACCAUCUGGACACAGUGAAGUACCUGGUCAGAGCCGGAGCUGCUGUUGGCCACAAGGAUAUCAUGGGUUUCACCUGUCUGCAUCUGGCUGCCAAGAUGGGACAUUAUGAUGUUGCCAAUCAUCUGCUUAUCAAGGCACCAAAAUACAUCAAUUGUCAGGAUAAUGGAGGGUGGACUCCCAUCACCUGGGCCAUUGAAUACAAGCAUAAAGAGCUGGUUCAUCUAUUUCUGAAAAAAAGGGCUGAUGUUAACAUCAGAGACAAGGAAGAAAAUGUCGGUCUGCACUGGGCGGCGUUGUCAGGCUGUGAUGGCAUCGCCCAGGCCCUGCUGGAAACUGGAUGCGACCUGAACGCUGUCAGCGUUCAUGGUGACACACCGCUUCAUAUUGCUGCAAGAGCGAACCACCUAAAGUGUGUAAUGUUGUUUUUGUCUCAUGGGGCGGAUGUAUCUCAAAAGAACAAGGAGGGUUAUACAGCUCUGGACCUCAGUGUAAGCGGCUCAAAGGUGUGGACUGCUCUUAACACAAACCAAAAGCUUACUGAUGCCAGGAGAGAACGGGACUGUCGAAUAGAGAGACAACUUAGCAGGGAUAUCUCCCGUGGAUUUGAGGCAGUUCCUAUCAGCUGUGUUAAUGGUGUUGACAAUGAACCAUGUCCUGAGAACUUUAAAUAUAUACAAGACAACUUUCUCAACUCAUCCCUGCAUAUGGACAAAGACAUUACUCAUUUUCAGCACUGCAGGUGUACAGACGACUGCUCAUCAAGUUCCUGCUUGUGUGGUCAGCUUAGUCUGCGUUGUUGGUAUGACAGUGAGGGUCGCUUACCACUGGACUUCUGUGAAUGGGAACCUCCAGUGUUGUUUGAGUGCAAUCUUGCCUGUUCCUGCUGGAGGACCUGUAGGAACCGUGUUGUUCAAAAUGGACUCAGGGUCCGCCUACAGCUCUACAAGACGGAGAAGAUGGGCUGGGGAGUGAGGGCACUGCAAGAUAUCCCUCAAGGAAAAUUCAUUUGCGAGUACAUUGGGGAGAUCAUCAGUAACACUGAGGCUGACAAAAGAGAGAAUGACUCUUUCCUUUUCACUUUGGACAAUAAGGUAGGAGAACCAUUUUGCCUUGAUGCUAAUCUCUUCGGCAACAUUGGUCGCUUUAUCAACCAUCUCUGUGAGCCCAACCUGAUAGCUGUGAGGGUAUUCACCAUUCACCAAGACCUGCGCUUCCCAAGAAUUGCCUUCUUUUCAAGUAAACCAAUCAAAGCUGGAGAGCAGAUUGGGAUUGACUAUGGAGACAACUACUGGAGGGUGAAAAGCAAGUACUUCAGCUGCUUGUGUGGCUCUCUGAAGUGUCAUCACUCAAAUGCAGGCAGAUAGAAGAUAUCCAAUGCUGUCUAUAUCAAUACAUUCUGUAUUUGAGAGCUGUAGAGUUGUGUACUGUACCGGCCCUGGUCUGGCUUGUUGAAUGUUUAGAGCUAAUCUUUUUUCUCAGUUUAUAAAGACAAGUAAAUUUCUAUGCAAACUACAAGACUGAACUUUUGUGAUCUUACAAUACUUAAUUCUUGUUUUAGUUGCCCUUAAGUUCUGUGCUGACAUAGUUAGAAAUAAAUACGGAAAUAUAUAAAUGCUAAAUAGAUAAAUAGGCAUGCAGUUAGAUAGGCAAAAAAUACAUCAAAUGAAUAAAUGCAAGCAUUAAUUGAAUUAUACAAUAAGAAAUGCAUGUACACAUUUUUAGUUAGCUUAUUUGAUCACUUCUAUAAUAAUUGCCAUAUUUAUUUAAUAUAAUAAUUUUCACCUUUACCAUUUAAAUACUUUUGUAUGUAUUUACUUCCUGUACGCUCUUAUUUUUAUUUUUGUUCUCUUAUUUUUGGCUUUAUUUCUUCUAUGUUUUUUACUCUAUUUCCUUCCCCCUAUUUAUUUUUUUCCUGUCCUUUUUCCGUUUCUGUAUACAUUUCUGCAAUAUCAUGUAAAUGAAGAGGGGAUGGUCUUAAGGUGACAGCUUUUGCCCACUGGUUAGACUCCAUAUGCUACCAGGCCAGCCAAAGUCACAACAAGAGAUACCUACCUACGAUGAUGUUCUCAAUAAGUCAAACUGAGGAAUUUACUACUUUUUUGAUAACAGCAGGCAUAGGCAUUCUGAAAUCACCAAGUCAUUGCAAUUCUAUGUAUUUGUUCUGCCCAACCACUUAACCAGCUAUUUUUAUUUUAACUAUGCUGGCUUGACUCACCUGGUACAGUGGUUGGGCAUAAUAAAUGGUUACUUCACAAUACCCAUAUCUGUAAAACAGUGAUGGAAUUCCUGACUAUUUUUCUCUGACAGAACAUGUUUCUGAUACCUGCACACAUGGACAAUUUUAGUUAUAUGCAGGGCUAUGAACUGGUUCAAGGAACGAAAAGAACACCAUAAACGAACGGAAUUUUACUUGCAACAUAAACAGAAAUGAAAACAAAA